CAAAAACCGUUUCAGUUGCUUCGAAACAGUGACACGAUUCGCGCGCGACACGCUUCCUCCCAUAAUAUCGAGCAGAGAAAUCAUCUAGCAAAUCUCCAGCAGGAGCAGCAGCAGCCAGAACUGAGAACAGCUGUGUACUGCCUGCCAGUGGCAGAGUGGCAGAGUGGCAUAGAGAUUCUUGCAGCAAGAGUGCAGAAAUUUUCACAGUGCUGAUUGUUAUUUGGGUCUUCGUGCUAGUGCCAGUUAAGAGUUGAACUCUGCAUGUAACCGAAUGAAAUAAGUGAGAGAAAAACAGAUGCAAGUCAUAGCCGAAUGAAAUCUGUAUGCUAAAGUGACAAAAGAAGCAGAAACCCAAUCAUUUGUGAGUGGAGUGGAGUGGAGUGGAGUGGAGUGGCAACUAAAACCGAGACAGACAUCUAGCUGAAAGGACUCCGACUCAAGAUCCAGAGCUGCAGUUCGGUCGCGAAACUGCUGUGGAAAUUGGGAAGCAUACACACAGUGAUAAUUAGCUGGUUGGCGCAACAACAAAGGGCUCGCUGCGCAAUAAAAAUUAAUUAGAAAAUAUAUUUCAGCGCCGCACAAUUUGUCAAGGGUAAAGCGAAAGCGCCCUGCCCACACGACACAGUCUGCGGUCUUGCGCUCAACUUCUAAUUAGAAAAAGAAAAAAGCCCCAAAAAUAAACUGCAAAUUAAACAAAGCAAUAAAGCAGCAGCAACUGGCAGCAGCGACUAUGCAAAGUGUGUUGGCGCUCAGCUGAAAUGAAAACUUAAAGCGCCAAACCCCAGGCAGAGGGAAAACUCCAGAAAAUUUAAUCACAAAAGAAAAAGGAACUGCAAAAGCAAAAAAAAAAACAUCUGCACCUACGGCGGCUCGGUCGCAAAACAAUGAAAAUAAUUUCGCGUAGCAUAGGUUCUGGCGCCGGCACUGCCGACCCUGCUGCCCCUUGGAGGUGCACAACGCACCACACAGCGCUCAAAAUGAAUUGCCCCAUUCUGAUUGUAAUUAGCCUCGGAUGGCUGCUGCUCACCCACGGCGGCGGUGGGGCAGCCGAGGCCGCCAUUUCAAAUCGAGGCAGCAACAGCCGCUCGAUGAGCAACGUGCAACAGUCGGCGGCCGCACCAUCAUCGCUGACCGCAUCGUUGCCGCGCUUCCUGUCCCGAGGCCACACCUAUCGCGCCGUGGUCGGCGACACGCUCGUCCUGCCCUGCCAGGUGGAGAAUCUGGGCAAUUUCGUCCUGCUGUGGCGACGGGGAACAAAUGUGCUCACUGCCUCCAACAUCAUGGUUACCCGGGAUGAGCGCGUAAGACUGAUAGAUGGUUACAAUUUAGAGAUAUCCGAUUUGGAGCCGCAAGAUGCCGGGGAUUAUGUUUGUCAAAUCAGUGACAAAAUAAAUCGUGAUCAAGUGCACACAGUUGAGAUAUUGGUUCCGCCCAGUGUGCGGGCCAUACCCACAUCCGGACAGCUGCAGGCCCGCAAGGGAGGACCCAUCACGCUGGAGUGCAAGGGCUCUGGUAAUCCGGUGCCAACCAUUUACUGGACCAAAAAGAGCGGCGCUAACAAGUCCACCGCCCGCAUUGGCGACGGACCCAUCCUGACUCUGGAGAAGCUGGAACGGCAGCAGGCGGGCGUCUACCAGUGCACCGCCGACAAUGGAGUGGGCGAUCCUGUUACCGUCGACAUGCGCCUGGAUGUCCUCUAUCCCCCGGAUAUACAAGUGGAAAAGUCGUGGAUACAUUCGGGCGAGGGUUUCGAGGCGAAACUCGUUUGCAUUGUCUACGCUGAUCCAGUCGCAACGGUGUCCUGGUACCAGAACUCAUUUCCGAUCCAAACGACCGAUAGACGAAUCAUGAACACCAGGGCCAAUCGUCACACACUCACCAUACGCCACAUUCAGCAGGAGGACUUUGGCAACUACAGCUGCGUUGCGGACAACUCUUUGGGACGAUCGCGCAAGUACAUGGAGCUGUCGGGCCGCCCUGGACCCGCGGAGUUCUACUCGCCCAAGUGGGGCCGCUCGCCGGACAGCUACAAUCUGACAUGGAAAAUCGACAGCUAUCCGCCGCUGGAGGAGGUGCGUCUGCUCUACCGCCGCGUCCUGAUGAAUGAUACCUUCCAGCAGCCGGGCAGGUGGCACGAUUUUAUACUCACACCCGAACAUCGACCGGCCUCGGAGCCCCUGACACACAUCAUGUCCUACACCAUUAAGAAUCUCUAUCCCGGGGCUUACUACGAGGCGAUUGUGCAGGCCAAGAAUCGCUAUGGCUGGAACGAGGUCAGCGAUAUAUUUCAAUUUAUCGUCGCCAGCAACAGCCUGGACAUUGCCCCCGAGGACGCCGAGGUGGUGGCCAGCUCCAAGUCGCGCAGCAACAGCGGCGCCGUCAGCAGCCUACAGGGCCCACUGCCCCAAUGCCUGCUCCUACACAUGGCCCUGCUGCUGGCACUGGCCUUGAGUAAUUGUCAGUACGACAGGCGUCGGCUGGGUCUGGGUCUGGGUCUGGAUCUGGGUCUGGGCUAAGCGACUCACAGCAGACGAGCAGCAGCACCGUCAGAAGAGGCAGCUCACAUGAACGGGGGGUCAGAGAUACAAAGAUCUGGGAAACUUCACAUGAGGCGUUUGGUUGGACUUCCGCUAAUUGUAUACCUCCCCUACCUGCCCCUCGGCCAACCCACUUACUAUGAGAAAACAACAACAACAACAACUACAGCAAGCUAACCAAAGAGAAAAACAGCAAAAACUAAAGAGAAACCCAGAAACAUUUAAGAGCAGCCCCGAAACACACACAUGUAAAUAAUUUUUGAAGAGUUUUGUCCACGUUUUAAUUAGCACACAUACUAAAUGGAAAAUUGGAACAUUGGAUUGGAUAACGGUUAAUGGAACACCCGGUAUUAAACUGCUCCCACUUGAAACCUCCCAAGAACCCCAAGCCCCCAUAGCAUAAGCCACUCGAAAUAGGUCAUGUAAAUAAGCAUUAGAUAUCUGAAUGUGAAUGUACAUCAGGAUGAACUCCGCAAAGAUCCAGCAAAGUGUAUUGUAAAUUAAGCGAAAACAUUAUCUAGUGAUAUUAUUUCAAAUAUGCAUUGAAACGGUGUGUUGAAUCGAUCGCCGCGACUCAGAGCCACGUUAGUUUGUAAAUUAUUUUCCAUACUUGUGUUUCGAGGCCUAACCCUUUGGAUUUGCAGCUGUUCAUUCGUGUAAUUGUAAUUGUAAUUGUAAUUUUAUUUUAGCUCGUAAGUGCACCCAGCAGUAAAGGCAACGGCAUACCACAGCAAUUCAAUAUUUCAUGUUUUUUCGAUGUAAAAUUAGAAUUUAAGCAAACAAAAAAAAGACAAAGUUGUACCACCAAAACAAAAGGAAGGCGAGACGAGUCGAGUCGAGUCGAGUCGAGAAACCAAACUAGGCUAAUAGUUUGCUCCCCGAUACAGCAGAUAUAGGAAUACUGGACACAGCAUAGAUAAUACUCUACUCGUACUCGUGUUUGAAUGUGAACUUUUGCAUAUUGCGACACGUACAUAGAUACAUAACCGAAAGGCAUAGGCAGCAGCACUGUACAUACAUGGAUUUACUUACUUAUUGAGUGUUCCGAACUACGAAAACCAACCCGAAUCAGCAAGCAUUUGAUCAGCUUUUGCACCUUUCCGACUGUACUCUGCCCUCACCUGUACAUUCUAGCCAGCAGCAUGAAGAGAUCCGAAAAACAAAUGAAAAUCAAAGCGUUACAAUUUAUCUACAUAAAUGUGUGUAUGUAUGUGUGUGUGUGCGUGUGUGUGUGUGUGUGUGUGCCUAACAUAGCCAGACGCAGGAAAGAUUCACUACAGAUAAUCUCCAGUAGAGUCGAAGGUGGCAAGCGCAAGGGGAGAAGCAACUAAACUCCAACACAGAACCUACAUAACUCGUACACACACACACAGAGAGAGAGAGAAGAAGUAUAAGAUCACCAGUUGGAUGGCCAACCAGGAGUUGGCUGGAGAAUUCAUUAAUUACUAACUACUUAGUACGAUGCUAAUUGUAUGAUUAAUGCGCAUAAGAAUCCCCGAAAAAUACUCAAAAAUAAAAUAAAGCAUUAGAUGUAAAACUAAA